GGGGUUAAAGGUGCUCGUGGUCCCUGAGCCCCUCCAUGUGCAUCCCAUCCCUCUUCUCGUACUGAUUUUCACCUCGACGGGGCAGCUGGAGCUCAUCUCCUCUGAUCUCCCCUGGCCAGUGCUCCAGCUGCCCUGGCUUGCCCCAAUAAUGAUUUACUAGCCGGGAGGGCCACGCCCCGCCUCCGCCCCUCGGACCUUGGAGCCAGGGCUACGCCGUGGCUUCUCUCYGUCGAGAAUGUUUUCCCUGGGGUCCUGGCUGCCGGCAUUGCCCGGGCUGGCAUGGGGCUGGGCACUGCUGGAUGCACUCCUGCAAGGGCUGGUCGGUGCCUGCGCUGUCUCGGUGCUCUGCAGCCUCCUGAAGGUUUAUCUCUACACCCAGUGUGUGAACAAGCCGGAGAGGCAGGCAGAGAAGGAGGCGAUCGCAUCGCAGCCGCCUCUGCUGGAGCUGCUGCACGUGCUGGUGCUGACUGCUGUCCUGGCCCUGGUGGGCUCCCGCGUGGCUGCACUCGUGGUGCUCGAGUUCUCCCUGCGUGCCCUUUCCACCGUCUUCUCCCUCAGCAAGGGUGCCCACAGCAGCCAGCUCUACCUGCUGUGCCAGUACUCGCUGGGCUGCGGGGUGUCCUGCGGCCUSAGCUUCCUGCUGGAGGGGGCUCCACACCGCAGCUGGAACCUGGCRCUGGCGGCGGGGCUGGCGGGGCUGCUGGCGCUGCACGCCCAGCGCCUGGCGCGGCACGUCUGCAYCCUGUACGAGCUGCACAGCCGGGCRCGCUACUGCGGCGUCUGCAUCCUGCUGCUGGCUGCGGGUCACAGCAUCCCCAACCUGCUGCGCAACGCCCUGGGCAUCACCUUUGCCGUGGCUGACCUGGCUGCCGUGGAGCUCAUCAACCGCGACUUCCUCUCCACGGCCGAGGCCGUGCGCUUCUGGACCCCGCUGACCAUCUGCUACACYCUGCUGGUCGUCUACAUGCAGGAGGAAUCCCGGCAGAGCACGGGCAGGAUGCUGGUGUUCCGGACCGUGCUGGUGCGCAUAGGCGGCCUCUUCAUCCUCCUUCUGACCGUGGGCCGAUGGAGCGACAUCCUGCACGUCCUCCUGUCACUGCUGGGAGAGCUCUGGUGCCUGCUCCGUGCCGGGGUUCUCCUGGAAUCCUGCUGGACACAGGAUUUGGCUCAGCAGCCUCGCUUGGGUAGUUUGUCAGGAUCCAGGUCGCAGGAAUCGUCCCGAUGAGCUGCGGGGUGUAACCAGACAGCWGAAAGUUCAGUGCCUUCACCGGGCACCCCCAAAAUCUCCCCGCUGCAGAUCCUCCAUGGGGAUUAAGGAAAAAAAGGYUCCUGGAAGAUGUCUAACCCCAUCCCAUAGGAUGGAGAAGGUCGGGGAGGAGACUCACGUGGCCCCCCGGUUUUUUUGGGGGACUCCAUGAGGUUGCAGCACUGCUGGGGUUUGUCCCAGUGGGAUUGUGUGAUGCUGAUGGAUGUCCCUUCCUCGCUGGCUGCAGGGCCACCCUGUUGCAGCAAAGGGGCCUCCGGGAGGUUAUAAAUCUUGGAAAAUAAAGGUUUUUUUCCAGCAAAAUC